UAGGGCUGCCUGAGGGGCGGCUGGCUGCUGGGCCGGCAUUCCCUACUGUCCCACCCGGUGGCAGCCUACGUUCCAGGCGCUUCCCCCUCUGUGGCCUCAUGUCGCACGGCGGAGCGGACACUGAGCCGCACCAGUCGGCGCCAGAGGCGGACGCCACGGCUACAACCUUCCGGGCAAGCGAGCACCAGCAUAUCCGCUACAACCCGUUGCAGGAUGAGUGGGUGCUUGUGUCAGCUCACCGCAUGAAGAGACCCUGGCAGGGGCAAGUAGAACCCUCCUUGCAGAAAACGGUGCCACGCCAUGAUCCUCACAAUCCUCUGUGUCCCGGGGCCACACGGGCCAAUGGAGAGGUAAACCCCCACUACGAUGGCACCUUUCUGUUUGACAAUGACUUCCCAGCGCUACAGCCUGAUGCGCCCAGUCCAGGUCCCAGCGAUCACCCUCUUUUCCAAGCAGAGCCUGCUCGUGGAGUUUGUAAGGUCAUGUGCUUCCACCCCUGGUCGGAUGUGACGCUGCCACUCAUGUCAGUCCCUGAGAUCCGGGCUGUUGUCGAUGCAUGGGCCUCAGUCACAGAAGAGUUGGGUGCCCAGUACCCUUGGGUACAGAUCUUUGAGAACAAAGGAGCCAUGAUGGGCUGUUCCAACCCCCACCCCCACUGCCAGGUGUGGGCUAGCAGUUUCCUGCCAGAUAUUGUCCAGCGUGAAGAGCGAUCUCAGGGAGCCUAUCAGAGUCAACAUGGAGAGCCCUUGCUCGUGGAAUAUGGCCGCCAGGAGCUGCUUAGGAAGGAACGUCUGGUCCUAACCAGUGAGCACUGGUUGGUGCUGGUCCCCUUCUGGGCAGUGUGGCCUUUUCAGACACUGCUGCUGCCUCGUCGGCAUGUGCGACGUCUGCCUGAGCUGACUGCUGCUGAGCGUGAUGAUCUAGCCUCUGUUAUGAAGAAGCUCUUGACCAAGUAUGACAACCUAUUUGAGACUUCCUUUCCCUACUCCAUGGGCUGGCACGGGGCUCCCACAGCAUCAAAGGCGGACACCAACUGGGACCACUGGCAGCUUCAUGCUCAUUACUACCCUCCACUCCUACGCUCUGCCACUGUCCGCAAAUUCAUGGUUGGCUAUGAAAUGCUUGCCCAGGCUCAGAGAGACCUCACCCCCGAGCAGGCUGCGGAGAGACUAAGGGCACUUCCUGAGGUUCAUUACAGCCUGGGACAGACCGAGAGGGAGACAGCAGUCAUCGCCUGACCACACUAACCACAGGCCCGUCUGCCUGGGGGAAUCAGGGACUAGGAUUUGGGCAGAUGUGGGGUCAAUAAAAGUGUGCUUUUCAAACUUUAAUCACAUGUUCUAACACCAGAGGAAUGUGAACUCUAACCUUUGGGGGUCUGGGAUUAAAGACUCAAAGAACAGUUCCAACCAUGACUUGCUUUUGCCUGAAGAUGUGCAAAAACCCAGGGAUACAAAGAUUUUACUCCAAAUCUGAACAAAUGGUGUUAUGCCUGGGCUAAAGAU